AUGGUUGAUGCUACCAACUAUGGAUGGCGCGAUUCUAAUGGUUUGCUAAGCAAGCAAAUAGUAGAAAGCAGGAUACUUCAUGUUCUUAAUGCAAAACUUGGAUGCCAAAAAACUUAUCAUCAAUAUCAAGGUCGUCUGAAGUGGUUUAAGACAAGAUAUCAUAGUUUUACUCAGCUUAUGCGUCAUAGUUCUGGAUUUGGGUGGGAAUCCAUCUCAAAGAAAUUCACAGCUACUAAAGAAGUAUGGCAAGAUUACUUUGAGACCUACCAGAUUGCAGGAUACCAAUGA